AUGUGCGCCAACCUUUUAACACCACACAUUUAUUCCACUCUAAUACUCAGUGCUGUGAGGCCAUCUGCAGUAAGCACCAUGGCCACCACCCCAUUCGUUAGGAAAUCCAGCUGGUUUUCCAAAUUGAUAUAUCCGUUUUCCAGUCCUGGCCAGUCGAUUACCGACUCCUACAAGCCCUCCAGUGCCAACGGUAACCAGUGUUUUCUACCAAUUCGGAGCGACGAGGAGCUCGAAGAUACGCUAAGAGCCAACAACAGAACGCCUUUGAUUUUCAAUUUCACGGUAAGAGGCGAUUCCAAGUGUAACGAGCUCACAGGUGCUUUGAACAGGAUAGUGCUGCUCGAGACCGACAAAAAAGUGAAUAUCGCAGACGUCGAAACCGACUACAUGGAAGUGCGCAGCUCUAUGCUCAGAUACGGCGUCAAACACGUUCCCACCCUGGUCGCCGUGCGGAAGACUUUUUUGGUCGACUCCUAUGUCAGAGACGGCGACAAACCUGUGAACUGGCUCGACCUGAAAAAGUGGAUUGAGAAAAAUGCCGAUUAA